UAUAGAUAAAACAGAAAAUUGAGAAUAAAUUUCAAUACAUUUGAAUGACAUACAUGUCUUAAGAAUUUAGUUGAAAUUUAGAAGAGCUCAAGCUAAGUAUCGAAUGAUGAAGUCUUUAAAUUUUUUGUUGACAAUAUUGCUUGCUUUUUAUUGCACAGAAUACGUGAUGGGUGAAGCUUUUAUCAUACCUAUUGACGAAGCAACUCCUGAACUGGGGGUAUCUAUAAUCGAUGUAUAUAAGAAAUGUGAGACUGUCAACAGAUGCACAAUUUCUCGAAUUCAAGAAACCAUAGACGUUGCAGAGCAAAUAAGUGGCGAACGCAUGAUACACCGAAUAGUCGAUAGAGUAGGUCAUAAUUCUUCAAUUAACGAAAAUGAAUGGAACUCGAUGAUUGACGAAGAAUGCCGUAGUAACGCUUUUCUUCCUGCACUUCCAAACACGGGUUUGACAAAUCUCUUGCCUUGCAUGCCUGGAUUAACCAGCACUAGUCCCGUCUUUCAAAAUGCUAUUCGAAAUUAUUUGCAUGAAUACUGCAAUAGAGUGAGCAGAGUCUCCAAACAAAUUUUAUUAAUAUUCGACUUUUGAAGCUUAGUCAACAAAGAAGAUGGAUCAUAACUCGACUUUUGCAUAAAUAUGUAUAUGUAUAUCGUCGUAUAUAAAUAUAUGUAUCUAAUAAAUUUUAAUGAUUUAUGCAAUUUAAGUUCUUAAUAAAGCAUUAUCUAUCACAAGAGAA